AUGACCGAGUCCAUCAAGCCAGAGAUCAACCUCUCCGAGUACGAGAAGAACGACGGCAACCACACCCUUGCCCCCGAUGAGGAGAAUGGCCUCAGGCAGAUUGACACCGUCCACGACGACGAGGCCAUGAAGGUCCUCGCCACCUACCACGGCGACAACACCUGGGAACCUCUGGAGGAGAGAAAGCUUCGAAGCAAGAUCGACUGGAAGCUGCUCCCUGUCCUCUGCGGCACGUAUGGACUCUUGUACUAUGACAAGGCAAUGCUCGGACAAGCAGCUCUCUUCGGAUUGCGAACAGAACUCGAACUCACCGGCAACCGCUAUUCAUUCGCGUCGGCAAUCUUCUACCUGGGCUUCAUUGUGGGCGCCUAUCCGGCCAUGUACCUCGCGCAGCGGUGGCCCAUCGAGCGCGUCGCCUCCGCCAUCACCACAGUCUGGGGCGUCACUCUCAUCACCACGCCAGCCUGCACCAACUUCCAAGGUCUGUACGCGCAAAGAUUCUUCCUGGGGCUUACCGAGGCCGGCAUCUCUCCCAUGUUCAUGAUGAUCGUUGGGUCCUGGUACAAGAAGGACGAGCAGGCUCUGCGAAUGGGUGUUUGGUACUGCUGCACGGGAUACGUAUCGAUCUUUUCUCCGCUGAUCAAUUACGGCCUCGGCCAUAUCACCGGCAGCCUCGAGCCAUGGAAAUACAUGUACUUUUUCUCCGGCGCCAUAACGAUUCUCUGGGGCAUCGCCGUUUACUUCAUCCUGCCUCCGGACCCGAUCCGGGCCAAGGGCCUGAAUGAACGCGAGCGAUACAUUGCCGUGGCCCGGAUGCGGUCGAACAACUCGGGGGUGCGCAACACGCACUUCAAAAAGGAACAGGUCUACGAAUUGGCCCUCGACAUCAAGUUCUGGAUCUGCUUCGCCAUUGCCUUCCUCUGCAUGAUUGCCAAUGGCCCCAUCUCGACCUUCCUCCCCAUUGUCAUCAACGGGUUCGGGUUCAGUCUCUUGAACUCCCUUCUCCUUCUUAUGCCUGCCGGGUUCUACGCCGGUACCAUGCAGCUUGUCUUCCCGUACUUGGCCUACAAGUACAAAAAUCUACGGUCGUACUUGGUCUUUAUUGCGCAGAUGGGAACCACACUGGCGGCGUUGCUUCUGUGGCUCUUGCCCCGUGGGGCCACCGGGGCCCUACUCUUCGCAUGCUACAUUCUGCCCUCUGUGGGAGCGGGCUACGCCGUCCUGAUGGGCCUUCAACUCGCCAACACGGCCGGCUAUACGAAGCGGUCUCUGGCGUCGUCAGGCCUGUACAUCGGCUACUGUCUCGGCAAUUUCGUCGGCCCACUCGUGUACAGGCCUCAAGAUGCUCCGCGGUAUGAGCACGGGUUCAUCAUCGUGGUCAUCACCGCCAUCAUCGCCGGUGUGUUGGGUUUGGUGUACCGCUUCAUCUGCGUCUGGGAGAACAAACGACGCGACCGGUCCGGUACGCUCGAGGGAUUCGAGCACGCCUACGAGGACGACUUGACUGACAAGACGAACCCGCAAUUCCGAUAUAUUUUGUAG